GCCUCGCGAGGUAGUAAUGCAUCUACCCCCUCCCGCGGGAGAGCCGAGGAACAUUAAUAAAUCUAUACGCGGAGGAGAGGAAACUCUGGCUGGGGCAGAGCGCGGAGCUCCGGCAGUUCGUGGGGGAACCGCGGCCGGAACGGCAGCGCAACGGGCAAACUACAAUAGAGGCGACAACAGAAGGGAGCCCUCGUACCUCUUCCGUAAACACACUCUACUCCACUGCCACCUCCCCCUUGGCAUCGUGCUGCCCGGCGCCCGAGGCCGCCCGGACUGCUAUGUAACUGAGAGGCUGCGGGAGAAAGGGGAAGCCGGGAGAAGAGGUUCGCCAGUGAGAGCCCCUAGGGGCCAAGUUUGAGGCCGCUUCUGCCCGCGCGCGCCCUUUCGCAGCCCCCCGCUCACCCCUUCCUGGAGCCCAGCUCUCCCGGGGGUCCUUCGCCUCCUCGCGUGUCCAACAGACGCGGUUCCCGGCGACCAUGGUGACGGUGGACGAGCUGCGGGAGAUGGACUGCAGCGUGCUCAAAAGGCUGAUGAACCGGGACGAGAACGGCGGCGGCGCGGGCGGCAGCGGCAGCCACGGCGCCCUGGGGCUGCUGAGCGGCGGCAAGUGCCUGCUGCUGGACUGCAGACCGUUCCUGGCGCACAGCGCGGGCUACAUCCGAGGCUCGGUCAACGUGCGUUGCAACACCAUUGUGCGGCGGCGGGCUAAGGGCUCCGUGAGCCUGGAGCAGAUCCUGCCCGCCGAGGAGGAGGUGCGCGCCCGCCUGCGCUCCGGCCUCUACUCCGCCGUCAUCGUCUACGACGAGCGCAGCCCGCGCGCCGAGAGCCUCCGCGAGGACAGCACCGUGUCGCUGGUGGUGCAGGCGCUGCGUCGCAACGCCGAGCGCACCGACAUCUGCCUACUGAAAGGUGGCUAUGAGAGGUUCUCCUCUGAGUACCCAGAAUUCUGUUCCAAGACCAAGGCUCUGGCAGCCAUCCCACCUGCUGUACCCCCAAGCACAGCGGAGUCUUUGGAUCUGAGCUGCAGCUCCUGUGGAACCCCACUGCACGACCAGGGGGGUCCGGUGGAGAUCCUGCCCUUCCUCUACCUCGGCAGUGCCUAUCAUGCUGCCCGCAGGGACAUGCUGGAUGCCCUGGGCAUCACAGCCUUGCUGAAUGUCUCCUCUGACUGCCCAAACCACUUCGAAGGACACUAUCAGUACAAGUGUAUCCCAGUGGAGGACAAUCACAAGGCUGACAUCAGCUCCUGGUUCAUGGAGGCCAUCGAGUACAUCGAUGCGGUGAAGGACUGCCGCGGGCGCGUGCUGGUGCACUGCCAGGCUGGCAUCUCCCGCUCGGCCACCAUCUGCCUGGCCUACCUGAUGAUGAAGAAGCGUGUGCGGCUGGAGGAGGCCUUCGAGUUCGUCAAGCAGCGGCGGAGCAUCAUCUCGCCCAACUUCAGCUUCAUGGGCCAGCUGCUGCAGUUCGAGUCGCAGGUGCUGGCCACGUCCUGCGCAGUGGAGGCCGCCAGCCCGUCGGGGCCCCUGCGCGAGCGGGGCAAGGCCACCCCCACGCCCACGUCACAGUUUGUCUUCAGCUUCCCGGUCUCCGUGGGGGUGCAUCCGGCCCCCAGCAGCCUGCCCUACCUGCACAGCCCCAUCACCACCUCCCCCAGCUGUUAGAACCCUCAGAACGCCCCCCCACCCCCACACCAGCCCAUGUCAGGUGGGGCCCGGUGGCUGGGUAGCAGGUCUGGACUGACCCGCAGGGGGCCUGGUGACCAAGCUCCUUCCAUCCCUCUCUCUUUGGCUGGGGCCAGCUAGAAUGGCAAUAAGGACCUCAAAUACAUAUUUAAACACAGACAAACAAAACACUCCAACUUAGAGCAAUAACGGCUUCCUCGGCAGGCAGGGAAGACCUGGGUCUUGGUUUGUGUCAGUUUUACUUUUCAGAUAGGAAUUUCUUACCUCAUUUUUUUUUUUUUUAAAGCAGUAAGGCUUGAAGUUAGGAAACCUACAGAUCCUGGCAAAUGUGCCCUCCUGGUUUUAUUAAGUGGGGGUGGUGGUGGAGGGGAGGCAAAGGGCCAAAAACAAGUUGACCAGAAGUGCCUGCUUCUGUGUGCUUGGUCCUUUUCUUGUUGUAGUUACAGGAAUUUUUAUUUUUUUUUUUUUUGAAGAAAUCUUUUAGGACAUGGUUUUCCUUUUUAAGUCACCAUCAACAGGUGAAUACUUAUGCUUAAUAAUAAAUAAAAGUAUUUAUUGAGAAUUUCCUCAGAGUAUGUGAGUACACAAAGUCUAGGGACCGUGACUUUAGAAUAUAUUGAUGCUGGUGUGGACCUGCGGAGCGCAGGCAGCAUGCAGACGUCAAUACAGUGAGGUGGUGUGUUCGAGAUGGCGUGACGAUCAGCUUGCAUUUGCUACUGCUGGGAAGGGGGGCAGGGUGGGAGGAGGAGAAAGGGAAGCGAGGACGUUGUUAGCAUUGACCCUGGGUAUCCGUGGGAGAUUGGUUCCAGCACCCCCUCCUUCCAUCGCAGAUACCAGAACCUGUGGGUGUGUACAUCCGCAGAUAGCGCAUUCUUGAAUAUGGACUGGAGACUAUUUUUGAAGUUGGUUCUUGGGCAUAUGGACCACCGAAGCAAUUUGAAACCGCAACCAUACAACUGUUUCGGAUGAUCAGUAACUCAGUUUGGCGGUGGAAGCGUUUUUCUCCUAGACCUGCCCGAGGACUUGAUAAAUACCAUAUCGUGUAAGGUGCUCCUAAAAAAAACUGGGCGCAGAUCGGAUUUUCCUGCAGCGAAGCAUUUGCCAAGGCCCUUGGGGAACCCAGCUAAGAAGAGAUAGACCCGAAAGGGAAAGUGGAAGCGCCAAUUUUUUUUUCCUCUUUUGCCUAAAUCAGAGAUUUUAAUUUUAGGGGGUUUGCUUGGAAUGAAGUAUGCCAACAAAUUCUUGUGAUCUUAAAAGAUUCCUGGUGUAGGUGGAUAUCUGUAAAGUGAAUAGGUGAAUAAAAAGAAGGGCGUGGUGGACACCCCACUGGAGGUCCCGUGGAAGAUUAGGACAGCAAGAGAGCGUGAGUGAGGAGUCAGGCAGACUCUUUGCAGGGAAGCUGGUUUCUGGAUGGGCAUUAGAGUGCCAUAGCAGAAUCCUUUCUUGAGAUAAUGCCGUUUUCAGGGGGCCUUUCCAAAUAGAGGAGUGGCUUUUGGAACAAGGAGCAGGUGGGUUGGGCUUGGGGGGAGGGAGGAGGGAACUAACCACGGGUUAUUUAACUUAUAGUAUCGUGGAACAGUGUUGUUACCCAGUGCCAGGUUAGCAGUAAUUCCAGACUUGUCUAGAAAUGAGAGCAUGCUUUAGGUUUUGCUUUUGGGGGUUGUUUUGUCCUCUGAGGAUCGAAGUGCUGCUCACCCAUUGAUAACUUCAAGCCUCGAUGUCAGCAUAGUGUCGGAAUGCUCCUUCUUGUCCCCACGUCCCAGAUAGGACUAGGUUCCUUACACUUCCUUCCAUUAACGUGAACCUGGCAUCAUUUGUCCUACCUUUGUCAAGCCCUGUCUUGGGUGUGGCCAGAGUUCCCACUUCUUGUUUUCAGAAAAGCCCAAGACCCCCUCCUUUGCUGGGAGCUGCUUGGCUGAACCCCUCCUGAAGACGUGGAGGGGUCAGGUUCAUGACACUGGGCCUAUUGAGACAGCUCAGCUGGACGUUCCCUUGUCUUCCUUGAUUCCUGGAAGUUGCUUCAUGUUUUGUGAUGAAUUGCGGUCGAAUGGGCUCCACCGCUGUAAAAGUGUGGGUUCCCACAGACAGACAGGUCCGCAGGAGGGACUGCUUGAAGGGGGAGGGAAAGUAGCUUAGAACAGAUUGACUUUUUACAGAAUGAGUGUACAUUUGCCAAAAUCUGUGUGUCGUGCUUUCCCAGACUGGAUUCCAGCUGCCCAGACAGUCGGGGCCCAGGACCCGCCCCAACCGGGUCUCUUCCCUGCUUUCCAAUUCAAGUCAUGUGUCACAGUUGUCAAACCUCUAUUUAUAAAGCCAUUUUCUUUGUACCUUAAGAGUGUGAGUCCCCAAACCCUUAGAAAUUCAAUAGGAAAUGGGCUUGAUUGGGAUUUGGGGUCACUGUCUACUUUUACCAUCAGAAGCCUCUUUGAUGACUUGGAAGAAAGAGCUCUAAUGAAGACGGCACCACGAGGUCCCUCCAAACGGCCACUGGGUUUCAACAGGUGUCUCUCCCAUGAAGUGAUUUCUGGUGACAAGCAAUUUCUGUCUCAGUCAGAAAGCUUUGCCACUUUGAUCCAUGGUGACCUGUGCUAUUGACUCACUGGAUCAUGUAUAGAGACUGGAGGAUGCUGCUGUUCCCUCCAGUGUCUUUGUGACCCCAGGGUGUGGGUGAGCCCCGCCCCCCCCCAAGCAGUAUUAUACUGAAGCCACCUGUGAGCUGGUGGCAGGGACCUCCUGGCCUUAGUCGUGGUCUCUGAGGCCAUUUUCCUCAGAUGUCCAUCCUAGCCUGGUUCUAGAGAGUUGAUUCUGAUUCUAUAUGAGAAAAAAAAUCCAAAAUUCUUGGGAAGAUGGGCAGAGGGAGGUGGGAUGGGUGAUUUCAAUGUGAGGGGAGGGGCCUGUGAGAUCAGAGUUUGGCCACCAGCCUUUGUUGGUAAAGUAAGGGUUCGCCUUGGCUGCCCGUUAGCCCACACGAGGUACACCAGGAAUUCUGGAGGAGGGACCUGGGCAUCAGUAGGUUUCAAAGCUCUCCAAGUGCUCUCCCUGCAUAACUGAGUUUGGGAAACUUAGGCAAGGUGCUGUUGGAGGCCAGGGCUUGAUAACACAGAGCUGGCUUGUGUGGCAGAAACCACAGCAGACAGUUGUCCCUGGCCCUGUGUGGCCCCAGCUCUGAUGAGGGACAAUAUGGGUUCUGUCAGGAGCUCAUGGGGCCUAAGACCUGGACGAGGUCCCUUUUCACGCCCCUCGAAAGCUGAUCUGUGGUUGUUAAGGAACUGAGGAACGUGUCUGGCUGUCUAGCUCUUCUUUGCAAGUUUGUUUGUUUAUCAAGAUGUAUGGAGAGGGACUUCACUAGCAGUCCAGCCCCGCGCUUCUAAUGCAGGGAUGUGGGUUCGAUCCCUAGUCAGGGAACUAAGAUCCCACAUGUCGCGUGGUGCAGCCGGGGGAAAAAAAGGAAGGCUGGAGAGUGCCACCUCUUUGAAGAGGACCCUGCUCUCCCUUAGAGCUUAUGAGUCAUGCCAGAAAGAGGCUUCUUCAAGGCAGCAAUGCAAUACUUGUAAUUUCUGUAAAUAGCCCCAUCUUUCAGAGUGAUGUCAUUUCUACAUUUGAUAUGCUUGUAUUUCUGUAGGAUGUAUAUAGUUUAGGGGAAUAUUUUUGUUGUUUGGUUUUUUUUUUAGAAAAGUCAACAUGUCUGUUUUUAUUUAUUGCUUGAAACAAAGAUCAUUUGAAGAAAAAUAAAUACAUUUUCAACCA